AUGCGGGGCGCGCGCCGCCGCCAGAGGCCGCCGCAGCCUCCCCGGGCCGGGGCAUGGAAUUUUCCACCGCGCAGCCCAGCUUGCACUGUCGCGUCUCAUUGGCCGAGCGGGGAUGUCUGUCCCCGUUGGGGGACGCAGAUUAGAUUAGCCUGGGAGCCCUCCUCAGUGGGUUUGGCAGGGCUCUUGAUUAAUCAGGUCAGCGGGGCCAGGGAGCGGGGGACGAGGGGAGGGUACGAUCCCAGCGGCGCCCGCGUCUUGUUUUCAAACCCAGCUAAGCUCCGGCGUUUGGAUGUCACCUUUCCGCACAGAAAAUGCUCCAGGGAGCUGGGAACGGUCGAGGGCAGCGAUCAGAAUUUACCUCUUUCAAGUAACAUUCCCCUCGGAACCACUGGAAAAGAAGACUCCAGAAGCCCGAGUCCCGCCGCCUCUCCCACCCCUCGCCCCAGCCCCCCUCCCGCCCCGCCCCUCUUUUGA